AUGCCUACAUUGGUCAAUCCUGGCAAUGCUUAUAACUUGUUUACUGUAGCAAACCUUGACUUGAGGCAAAAGCCUAACCCGAUUUCAACCAAGGGCGACAAAUUAAAUGCUGCGCGCGAUUACGACCGAGCAGCAACUUUGUUCACCAGCGUCAUUCACAAUUUACAUAGUGAUUUGUCUAUGGCGCUGCUUCAUCGCGCUGACGCUUACGAAAAGCAAAACGGAUAUGAUCCUGCACUCCAAAGUGAUCACCAAACAAUUGCUGCUGCGCAAAACGACAACGCGUCGUGCUCCAACGCGUACUUGGCGUUUGCCAACUCCUAG